AACUCGGUCAGUCGUCGCUGUAUCCGCCGAGCAGCACUGAGGGGCUUCAUGUGUGGUUAUGACUGAGGAUAAUGGAGAAAAAUGGAAACAGCACGGACUGAGAUCACUCACAGAGAUUUGGACUGGACGUAGAUGCUCCGCGGCCUUUUGAUUUCGCCACAGAUGUGGGAAUUUUCUGGAUUACAGUGAAGUUACUGGAAUCUUUGUCAUCUCGGUUUGAAGAAAGCAAUCCAGGCGGCCUGAAAUCACUCAGACUCCAGCUGAAGCCCAGCCGCGGUUAGCUGCCUGUUACAAAGCAAUAUCGUUGUUUUAUUCUGUAGAAAGUUAUUCAAUAAGCUAAACCUGUGCAUGGCUAAAAUUAGCGCGUUGGUGUCGUUACAUGAUUACUGUUUUAGCAGUCUGGCAUAGCAGCAGCAGGGAUAAUAGCUAAGCUAGCUAGCGGGGCUGGGGCUAGCCUGUUGUUAGCCGGAAAGCUGCGCUGAAAUGACAACAAAAAGACACCUUCCAGGUUUGGGAGUUUGAUGUGUCACAAAAAAGAUCUGCUUUAAAAAUAAGCAACAGCUGCUAGACUUAGUUUAAAGUAAGUGCAGACAGUAAUCAUAUUUUCUUGCAACUACAACAAUCAUCCCACAGUUGCAGUUACACUUUAAAUAUGUGCUUUAAUCUUUAAUCUCGCAAAGAAAAGUCUUUUGUUCUUUUUUUAACAUAAUUUUAAGUUGUCAGUGCCAGUUUUUCCUCCCACCCAAAACUAUUAUUGCUCUUAUCUUUAACAAUGUUUUACUUUCCACAACCACAUUUUUGGCAGCCAAACAGGACAUUCCUCUGAGACUGUGACCCCCUUUUUCCUAUUUUUUUCUUUGCCUGAAAUUAAACUACCUACAGUUUAGAAGACUGUUAACAGGCAAAACAAAGACUCCCAGACCCGCAUGCGGGACAUUCAUGGCAUAACAGACUUUGUAUCAGGGAAUAGCAACGCGUAAGGGUGCUGUUUGGUUUCCCCUUCAGCUUCUUGGAGACUACUCCCUCGACCUCCAUGUGAGACAGGAUGGGCAGCCAGGGCAGCCCAGUGAAAAGCUACGACUACCUGCUGAAGUUCCUCCUGGUAGGAGACAGCGACGUGGGCAAAGGCGAGAUCCUGGACAGCCUGCAGGAUGGAUCUGCAGAGUCCCCUUACGCUUACAGUAGUGGUAUCGACUACAAAACCACCACUAUUCUCCUGGACGGCAGGAGAGUGAAGCUGGAGCUGUGGGACACCUCGGGACAGGGGAGGUUCUGCACCAUCUUUCGCUCGUACUCCCGCGGAGCUCAGGGGAUCCUGCUGGUGUAUGACAUCACCAACAGGUGGUCCUUCGACGGCAUCGACAGGUGGAUCAGAGAGAUCGAUGAGCAUGCCCCAGGCGUGCCUCGGAUCCUCGUGGGUAACCGUUUACAUCUGGCUUUCAAGCGGCAAGUUCCCACCGAGCAGGCGAGGGCGUACGCCGAGAAGAAUGGCAUGACCUUCUUUGAAGUGAGCCCGCUGUGCAACUUCAACGUCAUUGAGUCGUUCACGGAGUUGUCGCGCAUCGUCCUCAUGAGGCACGGCAUGGAGAAGUUCUGGAGGCCCAACCGAGUCUUCAGCCUGCAGGACCUCUGCUGCAGAGCCAUCGUGUCCUGCACGCCGGUCCACCUCAUCGAUAAGCUCCCGCUGCCCGUCGCGAUCAAGUCCCACCUCAAGUCCUUCUCCAUGGCCAACGGAAUGAACGCCGUCAUGAUGCACGGACGCUCCUACUCGCUGGCCAACCCAGCCGGCGGCUCCAAAGGCAACAGCCUGAAGCGCUCCAAGUCUAUCCGUCCGCCGCAGAGCCCGCCGCAGAACUGCACCCGCAGCAACUGUAAGAUCUCCUAACAAGCGCCGCUCCCCGGAUCGCAGCUCGGAGCGGGCGUGGGAUCAGAGACAGAUGUGCAGGGUGUCGUUAGCUGGAGGAAAUCCCUGAACCCGAAGAGCAGGAACGAUGGAUAAAGGGAUGCAUGAGCGCUACCUCCCACCUACACGAGGUCAUGUUUCAAGUGUUUAAUGUUCUUUGGGGGAGGGGGAGGGCUUCGAAUGGUGCCUCAGGAAAUUUAGAGAGUGACUACAAACGUUUUGAUCUUAUUUACACUAAAACAAGAGGAAAAGACUCCAGAAACUCCUCCCUGCUGGAGAGGCUACUACAUGAACAGAGAUCCCUCGUUACUCUAGAUGAUGCACGCCGCUCAGUGACCGUGCAUCGCCGCAGCCUUCACUUUCACACCUUUCCUGUUUCCUUUUUCUGUCCACACCUCCGUUAUUUUUUGUUCUAUGACUGAUAAGCUAACCAUCAAAACACUAGAAAAGAUCAGUCGCUUUUUGUCAGCACACGUGUUUUAAAGUGAUUUUAUAUUAUAAAUCACAGAGAUUUAGAGGCCCCACCCCCCAAAAAACCCCUGGAGGACCCGGCCCGAGCCGAGUCCAGACUUGUUAGUGUGCCUUGAGCCCAAGUGAACGAGCAUGCAGCAGAUAGAUCGCUAAAAGCACAACAGUAACCAUGAAUUAGAAAAUCCUUCAUCGUCUGAUCUUCUGAUCGACUCCAUUUGUCGCUUAAAUGCAGCCAAAUGUGAUGAAUUAUACUGAGGACUUUAUUUUAAACACGCUUUUAUAUCCAUUUUUUUUAAGGAAAAUGUGUUUGUUGUUCGAUAUUUCACAUGUGACAGUCAGCCAAUCAAAUGUACAAACACAAGCUGAACUCUUCAGGGUGGAAAUGUGCUUGGGACUAUUUUCAGUGGAGGAGUGAUCCACAUUUGGUGUUCUAGUGUGGAGUGUGGUUACGUGUCAGUGGUGCAUCUGUUUUCUUUUUCACCCGAGAGCUUCAGCGACUUGAUUUCUCCCCCCCCCCCCACUCCUUCCUGUCAUCACGCUUUUCAGAUUUCACGCCUCACCUGUCGUGUCACACUUUUCUAACUCAGCAGAGUCUCGUCUGCGCUCACCUGCUGCUUCUCUGACAACGCGCCGCCGAUCCAGACUCGCCUUGAAGCGAUGCUCCACCCAAACUCUCUGAAUGAGCGCGUUGGUAACGGAGCAGCGACGCUGCUGCAGUCCAUUAAUCCACGUGUUGGUUUCACUGAAAACAUCGACGUACGAUAACUUCAGCAACAUUAUACAUGUGUCUCCUCACACACGCUUGGAGUUUAAAACCGAUUCGUUUGCAUUUUUUAACAGAGCUUCAACAUCUUUUUAAGUCCUGGAAGUUUCACAUGGAUAUCUGUCAGCUGUGAGGGAUCAGAAAAUGCAGAAUAACUGCAAAUUUGGACCCUUUCCCAUAUAAUUAGAGGGCCUGUAACUCUGAAGAUAUUCAUGUGUGAUGGUCAAAUUUUGCUUGGCUUCAUUAAAUAAACUAAAGUUAUUGAACAUAAAAAAUUCAGCUGAUUCUGAGAGACCCAGAGACGAGGGACCGGGUGAUUUCUUUCAUUAAAUAAUGCUGCUUUUCUGGGUUUUUUAUUGCAUUUAAACAGAUUAUUUGUGGUUUUUCGCUCUUUUAUGACUCAAUCGUCAGCCGAAGCUCUAAAUUGAGCACAAAGAACAUAAAGCAGUUCAUUAGAUUGUUAGCAGAAGUGAAGCAAAUAUAUGGCUGCAGUGUCACAGCUGAUCACUGAUUAAUAAAAGCCAAAUCACACUAACUUUGCUGACAGAUGUUCCAGCUGUCGUUGAAUUUCUCUGAUUUUCACUGAAAAAGUUCAAAUUGAAUUAACUUCAAGUCAAAGAAGACAAAGAAAACCGGCCAAUCGUGCAGAUUUGAAAACUGCAACUGUUAAUUAGGAGCCAGAAGUAGCACAGAGGAAAUCUCCACGGUGUUUUUGUGCUCGGAUCUGAACGCGUGGGCAGAGCGCCUCAGCACGCAGCUUUUCUUUGGCCUGAAAUACAGUUUGAAGUUUUCCACGUGCACACGGUUUCCCAGCACGCCGCUGAAGCAUCGGCGUGCUGUUUCUGAUUAAAAUGAUCACGUCUGUCUGCUGCAGUGAAGCUGAAACGGUCCUGAAGCUCUGCUGCGACAUAAUUGGCUCACAUGAUUCUGUUUUGGUUGCUGAUUGGUGAUUUUGGUGGAUCGGCGAUCACUCGGGCUUCGCUGAGUGUCGCGCCCGCUCUUUGUGUAACAUGUUUGGUUUUAUUUUCACCGUUUUCUCGAGUUUAGCACAGCUGCUGCUCUUCAUUGGGUGGCGAGUUCUUUAACCCCCUCAGUCCCCUCAGCUGUUAGCUGCGCUCCUGUGACUCUGCUGCACCUGCAGGCGUCCCGCACGUCUGUCUGCUGAGGCGUUUCCAUACGUUUAUUUCAGCUUCAGUCUUUGCCUGAGCUCUCGUGGGGAGGCAGCGACGCCCGAGACUUUCUGAAGCUGUUGAUGAUGUGACAGUUGAAGUUCUGAUGAGGGCAAAACAGGAAACCAGUCACAGCGGCUGGUCAGGCUCGUGUUGAAGUGGAAACUUUCCAGUAUUGAUAGUAAACAGUGACCCGUGUUUAUCGGAGCGCUCUGAUGUCACUCGCUGUCUUUCAUAACCAACUUCUCUUUGAUGCAAACCAACUGUCAGAGCAAAAUGUCGCACAGACCAGAACAUUAAUCGGGAGAUGUUAAAAAUAUAAAGUCUUUCUCUCAGUGGAAGCAUAAAUAGUUUCACUUCAUUUCAGGAUGCUUAACUUCCUUUUUUAUGCUGUUUGCAAUUUUUAUUCUGUGAUUUUCAUCACAUUUCAGAGAAAAUCAAUAAUGUGUUUCAGAUAAUCUGCGACCAAAAUCAGUUUUCCGCCCACUCAGAGUCUCAAUUUGAAGAUAAAAUCUCGCCUUCAUUUCCGUCACAACCAUCAGCUCCUGUCACGAGUGACAGAAACUACAUUAGUUAAUAAUUUAGACCCAGAAAGAGUCGGAGUUAGAAGACGACCGCGGUGGCGUGGCCGCGUAUCCCACACGUGACAGUUGGGAUAACUCUUUAACUUUGCACGGCGUCAUUAAAUGAACCGUUCAGCAGAAAUCAGCUGACUCUGAGGGGGUCAGGGGUCAGGUGGGAGCGAGGACUGAAGCACAGACGUGUGUUCAGGAUGUCUGCGGCUGGUUUUCCUGAUGUUUGAAAUAAAAACAGCAGACUGCGUUUAAACGUGAGCUCUGGAUAAUUGAAUUAAGCUGCGACCACGAGGAUGGAAUUAAAUGACCGUCCGCCUCGUGUUUGUCCAUGUUCCCGCCCUGCUCGUUCUGUCGGCGCGGCGUCGGCCUCCGCGUAGAAACGAGCCGGAACACGUGAAGUCUUCCGAGUCGCUGCGUUUCAAACUCCUCCGACUGGAUCUCCCACGGGAACCAAAGCAGCAGGUCUUCUUCUCUCUCUGCCUCUGAUCUGCACCGCCGCCUCCGCACGCUGUCCCAUGAUUCAUAGCUGCUGAAUAAUAGAUGCUCCUUUCAUAGAUCUCUGAAGAGCUUCAUCUCCGUCUCUUUCUUCCUCUCUGCUCGCUGCGUGGUUUGUUUCCUCCUCAGUUUCUGCUUCUGCCUUCUUUUCCUUCGCCUUAAAAUCCUGCAGAUGAUCGUUUUUUCUCUGCGCUUCGUUCCAGGUUUUGUGGUGUCUCUUCAGGCGGUCGGUGGGAGCGCCCUCUCCAUCCGCUCGGUUUUGUUUUGUCUCCUUUCUCACCUUUAAUGAUGCCCGCCACUGAGUCAGAUUAUUCCUCCACCACACACAUUAGCCAGCUGCACCCUCAGGACCAGCUAAUGUUCUCUAAGAAUAGCCAAACCAUGAGAUUAGUCUUGUUUACGGUGGUUUAAUGUUCACUGAUCUCAGCACAGUAAACAGCAUCUGUGCUCAGCCUCUCACUGAAAGUGUUUUAGUGCAAAGCUUCUAAAAAUAGAAGCUCGAUCGGGCUGAAUGCUGUUCGUCUAAAAUAACGCACAAGUCACCUGAAAGGUCGAAUAAAGAAGAUUCUGAGUUUAAGUUCUCGAUAAGCUGCAGAGAUAUGAGUCGCUGAUUUACAGCUGACCUGUUCAGCUCGUUUCCAGCUCCCUCAGAGCAGCUUUGCAUGAUUCACAGUUCAGAAUAACCCUUCUUUAUCUGAAACCGAGCCUCUGUGCAGCCCCUCAGCUCAUCCUCUGCCUGAGUAAUUUAGCUCCUCCCCGUUUAAACCAGCUUUCUUCUGAUUGGCUACCACGUGCAAUCAGAUGGUCUGAGAUACAAUAUUAGGCAUGUCCACUCUCUGUGACAUCAUUUUACCAACUUUAAUGUGAAUUAAGACGAUUCAUUUUAAAUGUUUUUGUGUUUUCACUCCUAAAAAUGUCGACAUACCCCUCAUUUCAUGCAGGAUUGUAAACUACACUUAAAGCACUCUGCAUGUUUCUGUUAUGAUGCCAGACUUCUAUAUUAAACAUGUCUAUUGGUUCUAAUAAUGAGGCAACAAUAUGUAAAUGUAGCCCCGUUAAGCCAAAGCUCAGCCUGUUUUUGCUCUGAUUAAGGUUUAGAGAAGCAGAUUUCUUCAUCCCGUCCUUUCUGCAGACAGCACAGCUCACAGAUACUUAAAACUGCCCCUCAGCAGUCGUCCAGACUUUAGCCAGUCAGAAGAAGGUUCAGGAAGGUGGGUGCCUUUAAGCAACGGGAGGAAAGUCAGCUUGUUUGACAGAAAGGCCGGGCGGCGAUAAAUAAGGUCAUUCCUGAUCUGCAAGUCAUGCGGCGCUGCUCUGAUGGAGUCCCAGGAUAAGAUAAGAUACCUUUAUUAAAUUUCAUGUUAAGGCUGCCGACCUUUUGCACGCAAUGGAAAAUACAUGUAAAUAAUUGGAGGAACUUUUACGUUUGAAGCACAGCUGAAUAAAAGGAAAUCAGCAGUGAUGAUCACAUGGUUUUUAGUAAAUGUGCAGAAACUCUCGUAGUCACAACAACAGCAGGAAGUGAAGAAACUGUCCUGAUGAGGAGCCUGUGAGCGUGGUUCAGCAGUUUUCUUUUCCUGCAGUUUUCACACAUUUUAAACGUUACGGAAGUUCAUGAAUGGAAAAACACUCUCACCAUCAGGUUUCAUCUGUUUGCCAACAUUUUUAGGUUUUUAGCUUCUCCCACUCUGAGGCUUUUAUUUUCUCGACAUCAGCACAACAAACCUUAUGUGUUGUUGUGUUUGUUCAUCCAACCACAGUUUUUUAUUUGAAUAACCACAAAAACGUUCACAGAGGAUUGUGGGAAUGUUUGUAACAAUAAGAAGAAAAAUGACCAGUAAAACACUACUCCUGUCGUUUUGGCUGAAGCUGCUGAGCGCGUGUGCGUGUGUGUGUGUGUGUGUGUGCGUGUGUGUGUAUUUGUGAGAGUGAGAGAGAGGUAAUGAUCUUUAAACAUCAAGCUGAACAUUUUUCUUUCUUGUUUUUAAAUUAUUGAUUGUACAGUUUAAGGCGAUGUGUAUGAAGAUUUUUCACAAUAAAAGUAUUGAAUGUUGACGUCAA